AUGAACGCGGCGGCGGCGACCGCAGGCACCGCGAGGCCCCUCGUGACCGCGACCGCGACCGCGAACGCUAUGAAUCACGCCGCCAUUCGGAGCGCGACCGAGACCCGCGCGAAAGAGAUCACGGCCGCGAACGCUACGGCCGCGGCGGUGGAGGCGCAGGUAGUGGAGGCGCAGGCGCGGGUGGCGGUACUGGUCGCGAGGAUUACGAAGAAUAUGCACGGCGUCACCGCGAUGACGAUCGCCGCCGCGAACGCCGCGGAGGAGGGGGAGACGACGACCACUCACACCGUAGGCCACCGCGUGAUGACGACCAGGAGGUCCCCGACGCCAUCGGACGCAACGCCGCUGUCGCAGCGAAAGAGGAAGGCCAGUGGUUGGGAUGUACACGCCCCUGGCUACGAGCAGUAUACUGCCAUGCAAGCUAAACAGACAGGACUAUUCAACUUGCCUGGAGCGAACCGAACGCAGAUUCCACCCAUCCUCGCCAUCCCUGGCCUGCCUCCCCCCAUGCCUGUCAACACAUUCGGCAUGGGAACCGGGGUCAAUCCUAACCUGUCGAGACAGUCUCGCCGUUUGUACAUCGGGAGCAUCACGCCCGAUAUCAACGAGCAAAACUUGACAGACUUCUUCAACUCCAAAAUGAAGGAGAUGAACCUGGGGACCGGCGCGCCGGGCAACCCGGUCUUGGCUGUUCAGUGCAAUUAUGAGAAGAAUUAUGCAUUUGUCGAGUUCCGCAGCGCAGAAGACGCCACUGCGGCGAUGGCCUUUGACGGUAUCAUCUUCUUGAACGGCCCGCUGAAGAUUCGUCGACCGAAGGACUACGGCGGUCCUGAUAUGUUGGCCAACAUGCACGUCCCAGGUGUGGUGUCCACGAACGUUCCCGACUCCGCAAACAAAAUCUUCGUCGGCGGGUUGCCGACCUAUCUCAACGAGGAGCAGGUGAUGGAAUUGCUCAGCAGCUUCGGCGAGCUGAAGGCGUUCAACCUGGUGAGAGAAAACGGGAAUGGGCCGUCGAAGGGCUUCGCGUUCUUCGAGUACGUCGACCCUAGUGUGACGGACGUGGCGAUUCCAUCCCUGAGCGGGAUGGAACUCGGGGACAAAUACCUUGUCGUCCAGCGUGCCUCGGUCGGCGCGAAGCCGGGACAGUCGCCGAUCCCUGGCAUGGGCAUGUUCGACAUGGCGCCUGAGAUCCCCAAGCCGAUCAUGCCCGUAGGGGAGCGCGACCUUGAGGCCAUGCAGGACCGGAUCCUGCUGAUGCUGAACAUGGUCGUACCUGAGGAGCUCUCGGACGACCAGGAGUACGGGGACCUCUACGAGGAUGUGAAAGAGGAGUGCGAGAAGUACGGCACAGUCGAGGACCUCCGUAUCCCGCGCCCGGUGAAGAAGGACAAGGCGAAGUGGGGCGAGGGCCGCGAGAGCGCAAUCGCUGCGCAGCGUGCGGACGAGGCGGCGGGCGUCGGACGCGUCUACGUCAAGUUCCACGACCCGCGUGCGGCCGCGAACGCGCUGAAGGCGCUCGCUGGGCGCAGCUUCGCCGGCAGGAGCAUCAUUGCGACGCUCCUCACGGACGACGCGAACACGACCCCGCCGCUCAAUCUCAUCUUCGCCCCCCAGCCGGACGCCCCUCCGCCCCUCCCGCAGGAUUGA